AUGUUUGUCUACCCAGCGUCCUGCCAGUCCGAGGGGACCUGGUUCAUCCAAGGUGGCUUCAAUGGUAUCAGCUACAACCAAUUCUUCUCCCUCGACCUCACAAAAGCCUGGAAUACCACCUAUGCCCCAUGGGUCCAAUACCCCGACGCACCACCACUUUCGACCCAAAACUGCCUUUUCGCCUCCAAGGCAGACAGCGCUAUCCGCUUCAAUGACAUCAACAACGCCUAUAGCACCAACAUAUCCUCGUCGUCGAUUCUGACUGGCAGUGCAAUUGACCCUGCGGGGUCUGUGCUCGCAUUCAUCGGGAAUGAGGACAAGGGGCCAUUGAUCACUGUCCUUAAUAUGACAACCGGAACCUGGCACUACAACGCCAGCUCAGUCGUGGCACCCAUCCGCAACGCAGGAAUCGUUGUCGUCGUCAACCCUCUCGACGGCCGGAUAUACAUGCGCGGAGGACACCAACACCUCAACGCAGAUACAAUGGACAUUUACGACCCCAAGAAGGAUACAUUGACUUCUUUACCGUUACUCCUCGCCAACCAAACUAUUCCGAGCAUUGCCAAGGGAGGACACGGGAUUCCAGCGGCUCAAUGGUACACUGCCUGCUGGUCGAAAAGGAGAUCCAGCAUUUUGUACUUCGGUGGACGCCAUGGCUACACGGAGAGCUAUACCAGUCCAGAGAUCAUCGAGUAUAAGCCCGACACUAACACCUGGGCGUUGUUGCCGGUAACAGGAACGGCACCCAGCGAAAGAGAAGACGCCUGCAUGGUCACAGACAAGGACAAUAACCGGGUUGUGGUGUUUGGCGGACAGGACGCCAACGGGAGCUUGUCGGAUAUUUACGUUCUGGACAUGAAAACACUGGCCUGGACACGUGGACCAAGCAGUGGAACUGGUCGUAUUGGAUCGGCCUGUGCCAUGUACAACGACGGCUUCUUGACCUGGGGAGGCGCGACGGAUACGUUUCUUGUAAGUUACCCCGACACCAACCCUCUAGUACUCAAUCUCACAACGAUGAGCUGGACAGAUCGAUACAAUCAAAAGGGAUCGCUGGAUGAGGAUCUUGCAACAGGCAGCACUGGCGGAUCAAAGCUGGGACUCAUCCUGGGUCUGUCGAUUGGGUUGUUUGCGCUGGUUGCUCUGGCCGGCGGCGUUUACCUCUUUCGACGCGAGAAACGGAAAACGGUGCUGGACUACGGCAGGAUUCUCAAUGGGAAAGGACUGACCCCUGCUCAAGUACAAUCACAAAGCUCCUCGUCACAUUCUGGAACCACUCGUCCACGUGAACAAGGCCCGACCGACCCAGGACAACCACCUCGUGCAGCCCUCGUGCCAACCCCGCAACCGGCAAGACUUUUGUCAGCCAGCAGAGCGCUGAACCGGCACUCAGGAGGUCGUCACUCUGGAAGUGAUGGCAGCUGGCGGGACGAUAUGUCGAUCCGGACUGCAACCUCGGGGAAAUAUGUCCAGGAGACGGAUGACGAGUCAAUAUCGCGGAGAGGCCGACGAAGGCAUCAGCAGCAACAAUACGAUCGACCCAACUCUCGACUGGGACACAAGAUCGAAAUGUCGUCUAUGGGGCCUCAGGGAGAUGGGACGGCCGACAUUGCAACCUCGUUCAAUAGGCAUGGAGAUCCGACAAAAAUCUCUCCCGCUAAUCCUUUGCAUGCGAUCACGCCCUAUGCAGCACCCUCCGCACCACCCAACCCAGAUAUCCGGCAGAGAUGA